CUCGCGGGGACGGGUGGGCCGGUGGUGCCUUGGCCGCAGUGCCCCGCGGCGGGCGGCGAAACCGGGCGGGCGGCGGGGGGGAAAAAAGAAAAAAAAGGGGGUUCCAUUCAGAGCUCCGAGGGGAGGUAAUUCUCUGGGAACAAGGGGCAGGCUUUGCAAAGUAUAAAUAGUGCCACUUGAAUCGCGGCUGUCUCUGUCAGACCCCGAGAGCCCUGCACGUCGGGCGGCACGGCACGGCUCGGCUCGGAACGGCCCAGAACGGCCCCGUGGAUGCCCGCCCGGGGAGCCGGGGCAGCGCGCCCCUGAGCCGCGGCCAUGGAAGAGCUGACGGCGUUUGUCUCCAAGUCGUUUGAUCCCAAAACGAAGGAGAAGAAGGAGCUCAUCACCUACCGGGAGGUGCUGGAGAGCGGGCCGCUGCGAGGAGGAGGAGGAGGAGGAGCGAGGGAGAGCGGUGGAACCGCGGCUGAACCGGGCCGAGACGAAGCGGGCAGCCCCGCGGCAAGGGCGGGCAGCGGGAGGUCCCCGCCGCGGGAGCCCGACGCCGCCGCCGAGAGAGCCGCCGAGGCAGCCACCCCCAAGCUCAGCGACGUGUCCCCAGAGCUGAAGGAGCGCAAGGAGGAUGCGAAAGCGAUGGAAGACGAAGGGCAGACGAAAAUCAAGCAGAGGAGGAGCCGGACGAAUUUUACCCUGGAGCAGCUGAACGAGCUGGAAAGGCUUUUUGACGAGACCCACUACCCGGACGCGUUUAUGCGGGAGGAGCUGAGCCAGAGGCUGGGGCUUUCUGAGGCCAGGGUGCAGGUCUGGUUCCAAAACCGAAGAGCCAAAUGCCGAAAGCAAGAAAACCAACUCCACAAAGGGGUGCUGAUCGGUGCUGCCAGCCAGUUCGAAGCUUGCCGGGUGGCUCCGUACGUCAACGUGGGUGCGCUGCGGAUGCCCUUCCAGCAGGUUCAGGCUCAGCUGCAGCUGGACAGCGCCGUGGCCCACGCCCAUCACCACCUCCACCCGCACCUUGCCCACGCACCCUACAUGAUGUUCCCCGCACCUCCCUUCGGGCUCCCGUUGGCCACCCUGGCCGAGUCCGCCUCUGCCGCCUCCGUGGUGGCCGCCGCCGCCGCCGCCAAGACCACCAGCAAGAACUCCAGCAUCGCCGACCUCCGCCUCAAGGCCAAGAAACACGCCGCUGCCCUGGGGCUGUGACC